AUGAACGAAGAAGACCGGCGUAUAGCGGCGGACGAAGGAGAUGCCGAAACGGAGCGAUUGGCUGCUAACCAACAUCACCACGCCGGGAAUGGCAGCCCACCCGGCGAGAAAGUCGAGGAGCGAGAAGAGCUCACCCGCGAGAUGAGCACCAGCAGCGCCGUGGACUCCUCGCGUAACUCGAUCGAGGCGCGGGAGCUGGGUACAACUGUCUCACGAAUGACCACCCACCACGAAGCGCCGUUCGAUCUUGAGAGACAUCCUACCGCACUCUCCCGCAUUCAGACAGGCCGCAGUCAACACGAACAGACUGUCGGUACCAGCAUUCGCUCUCGCACCACCACGCGGCAGUCUAAAAAGCCGCUGCCCAACUUUGGGGGUGGCAAGCCGUAUCCACCACAGUUGCCGGAACGCGAAGAGUAUGUUGUUGAGUUUGACGGUCCUAGCGAUCCCUUGCAUGCGCAGAACUGGCCGUUCAAACGGAAGCUACCUAUUGCAGCGGUGCUUGGUUUUGUCACGCUUACUGCGGCUUUUGGAUCGUCCAUCUUCAGUGUUGCGACUGGUUCUGUUGCGGAGAAAUUUGGAUUCAGUCGUGAGGUCGGCAUCUUGGGCGUUUCGCUCUACGUAUUAGGCUUCGCUACAGGGCCUAUACUGUGGGCUCCAGCUUCUGAGCUGUACGGACGAAAGUACCCGCUUCUGAUCGCAUCUUUCGCAUUCAGCAUCUUCUCACUGUCGGUUGCUGUUGCGAAGGACGCUCAGACAAUCUUCAUUGGUCGCUUCUUCACAGGUUUCUUCGGAGCAUGUCCACUCACCUGCGUUGGAGCGGUGUUUGCGGAUAUGUUCAACAACCGAGAACGCGGUAUAGCCAUCACGCUCUUCUCCAUGACUGUGUUCGCGGGGCCACUGCUAGCUCCGUUCAUCGGCGGCUUCAUCAACAUGUCAUACCUGGGCUGGAGGUGGACCAUGUACAUCACGUCAAUCAUGGGUUGGCUUGGAUUCGUACUGUCCCUUAUAUUCCUGCAGGAGACUUACCCGCCUGUCAUCCUCGUCAACGAGGCCGCUGACCUCAGACGCCGGACCAAGAACUGGGGUAUUCAUGCGAAGCAGGAAGAGAUUGAGAUAGACCUCAAUGAGCUCGUCCAGAAAAACUUGAGCCGGCCAAUACGGAUGCUCUUUACUGAGCCCAUUGUACUGAGCUUGUCCAUCUACAUGGCUUUCGUUUACGGACUGCUAUACCUCUUCCUGACCUUCUACCCCAUCGUCUUCCAGCAGAUUCACGGCUUCAACCAGGGUGUAGGGGGGUUGCCGUUCUUGGGUAUGGUCCUCGGCGAGCUGUUCGCAGGUCUCUACAUGGCCUUGGAGCAACCUUCGUACAAUAGGAAGUUGGCUGCGAACAACAACAUCCCCUUGCCGGAGUGGCGCAUGCCGUCAACAAUUAUCGGAGGCGUAUUGUUCGCGGUCGGCAUCCUGUGGUUCGGCUGGACGGGUUACACGGCCAGAAUUCACUGGAUCGUACCGACGCUGUCUGGACUGUUUACAGGUUUCGGCAUCAUGACCAUCUUCCUGCAGUGCCUCAACUAUUUGAUUGACGCCUACCUUAUGUUCUCCGCCAGUGCUAUUGCGGCGAACACUUUCCUUCGAUCGCUUUGUGGUGCAGGCUUCCCGCUCUUCGCUACGUACAUGAUCGAAGGCAUGGGCGUGCAAUGGGCUGGCCUGCUCUUAGGCUUGGUGGCAUUUGCACUGGUGCCGUUACCAGUCCUCUUCUACCUGCGAGGCGCCAAGAUCAGAGAGAAGAGCCAGUUUGCGCCAACAUUCCCAGUGGCAAAUAAAGCGAACGCGGAGUCCAGAGAGAGCGACGAGGAGAAGAACGAGUAG